AUGCCCUCCGCCUCCUCCCUCCCUCAAGUAUCCCACCUCGCAACUCUCGAACCCUCCUCCCCCUCCCGCGCCUGGCUCACCGCCGCACACCCCACCCUCCCCCUCCUUGCCACCUGCUCCUCGGAUAAGACCGUCCGCAUCUACUCUCUCACCUCCUUCACACUCCUCUCAACCAUAACGGGCGGCCACAAACGCAGCAUACGAACAUGUGCUUGGAAGCCGAAUCUCAAAGGCGAGUCGGUGCUGGCUACGGGCAGCUUCGACGCGUCAGUGGGGAUAUGGAGACGUUACGAUAAUGACAUGAACCCCAAGCCCAAGGAUGUUCUGUCGGGCCUGGACUUCGAUGCUCGGGAUAAGGCCAUCGCCAGUGGACAGAUGGGCGAUGAGCAUGCAGAAGAGGAUGAAGAAGAUGAUGAUGAGUGGCGUUUCGCCAUCGUCCUCGACGGGCACGAAUCCGAAGUCAAAUCCGUCGCGUGGUCUUCCGGGGGUAAUUUACUGGCUACGUGCUCGAGAGAUAAGAGCGUUUGGAUCUGGGAGGAAGUUGGGGACGAUGACUACGAAACUAUCGCCGUGAUGCAGGAACAUGAGGGCGAUGUCAAGUGUGUGGCGUGGCAUCCGGAGGAGGAGCUGUUGGCGAGUGCGAGUUAUGAUGAUGAUGUUCGGUUGUGGAGGGAGGAUGUGGAUGAUUGGGGCUGCUGUGGGGUGUUGAGGGGCCAUGGGAGUACGGUUUGGUGUGUGGGUUGGGAGGGGGUGGUGCCUCGGGUCUUGGGGAAUGUUGAGGACGGGCAGAAGGAUACAAAAGAGAGGUGGGUGAAGAGGCGGGAAGCGUCAGGGCCGAGGUUGAUGAGUUGUUCGGAUGAUCUGUCAAUACGCGUGUGGAGGAGACGACCGAAGGAGAAGGUGCAGCAGUCCAGGCUGAGUAUCAUACGGAGCGGCACAUCGGAGGAGGAUUGGGUUGAGGAGGGGCAACUGCCGAAAGCGCAUAGUAGGCCCAUCUACGCGAUCGCCUGGAGUAAGAGUGGGAGGGUGGUGAGCACCGGAGGAGACGGGGCUGUUGUUAUCUACGAAGAGAGGUGGAAGAAGGCCGGCGGGAACGCAGAGUCUAAGGUUACAGAGGCUCAUGAGGGCGGAAUGGGAGGGGCAGAAGUAAUCGGAGAGUCCAAAUUGGAUGGGGCAGAGCCAAUGGAAGAGGUCACAAACGACACUGGAUCGACAUCCGAAGCAGACGGGCAACAAGGGAAGCAAGCCGAGAUGGAAGAGACACCGGAUGCUACGGAGUGGGUUGUCAUUGCGCAGAUUGAAGGUGCUCAUGGAGUGUUCGAAGUCAACCACGUAGCAUGGGCCCCAAGAAGAGACAAGAAUGGAGGAAGCAACGUCGAGCAAGAAGAGUUGAUUGUCACCACUGGAGAUGAUGGGACGGUCAAAGUAUGGACGUUGGAUGUGUGA